AUGGAAGCCGUUAGCUUUGAAAGCGGGCGGCAGAUGUCGUUCCCUUCUGUGGGCCGCUGGCUGGAGGAAGUGAAGCGGGCCCUGGCUCCCCCCGCCCAGCGGGGCACCCUGGCCGUCAUGCGGGGCCUCUUGGCCUCCGGGGCUGGAGUGGCCCCCAGCCCUGCCGUGGAGAAGGCCCUCGCUGAGCUGCAGGAGCUGCUCACCAUCGCGGAGCGCUGGGAGGAGAAGGCUCACAUCUGCCUGGAGGCCAGGCAGAAGCACCCCCCGGCCACGUUGGAAGCCAUCAUCAGGGAGGCUGAGAACAUCCCCGUCCACCUGCCCAACAUCCUUGCCCUCAAAGAGGCACUGGCCAAGGCCCGGGCUUGGAUCGCCGAUGUGGAGGAGAUCCAGAACGGAGAUCACUACCCAUGCCUGGAUGACUUGGAGGGACUAGUGGCCGUGGGCCGAGAUCUGCCCGUGGGAUUGGAAGAGUUGCGGCAGCUGGAGCUGCAGGUCCUGACGGCCCACUCGUGGCGGGAAAAGGCCUCCAAGACCUUCCUGAAGAAGAACUCGUGCUACACCCUGCUUGAGGUGCUGUGCCCCUGUGCGGAUGCAGGCUCAGACAGCGUGAAACGCACCAAGUGGAAAAAGGAGAAGGAACUGGGACUGUACAAAUCGGACACAGAGAGCCUGGGCCUUUCCGCACAAGACCUCAGGGACCCGGGCUCUGUGAUCCUGGCCUUCAAGGAGGGGGAGCAGAAAGAGAAGGAGGGCAUCCUGCAGCUGCGCUGGACCAAUGCAGCCAAGCCGUGUCCGCGUCUGUCCACGUCGGCGGCCUCCUGUGUGUGCGGGCAGCCGACGGGUGAGGCCACGCUGCAGUGCGACCUGUGCCGGGACUGGUUCCACGGGGGCUGCGUGGCCCCCCCCGCCUGGGAGACUAUCCUGGCCUUGCUGGUGGCCCUGCAGAAACUGUAG